AUGGCUUCAGAAAAACGGCCCGCGUCGGGCGACUACAGCAACUCGCAGAUGGUGGUUAAGAAGCAGAAUUUGGGCAACAACAACAAGGCUGUAGCGGUGGUCAAUGGGUCUGCUGCGAAUGGCGCGCUCAUACAGGCGGUGCCUCGGACAACAGGUUUGCAAGCUCCAGUGAUGGAACUGUCUGGUCACUCGGGAGAGGUAUUCUGCGCAAAGUUUGACCCGAAUGGCAACUAUAUUGCUUCUGGUUCAAUGGACCGUACUAUCAUGCUCUGGAGAACUUUUGGCAAUUGCGAGAACUAUGGCACUUUGACAGGUCACAAAGGUGCGAUUAUGGAUCUACAUUGGUCGCGAGACUCGAGAGUACUGUUUUCUGCUUCAGCGGAUAUGCAUCUGGCGAGUUGGGAUUUAGAGACUGGCACGAGGAUACGAAGGCAUGUUGGACACGAGGAGAUCAUCAACACAAUGGAUAUCAGCAAGAGAGGAGAGGAAUUGCUCAUCAGUGGAUCUGAUGAUGGAUGCAUUGGUAUUUGGGACCCAAGAACGAAAUCAGCAGUCGACUUCAUCGAGACGGAUUUCCCUAUUACAGCGGUAGCUUUGGCGGAGGCUGGAAACGAGAUCUAUUCUGGUGGUAUCGACAAUGACAUCAAGGUCUGGGAUAUGAGGAGAAAAUCUGUUGUGUAUUCGAUGCUUGGACAUACCGACACCAUCUCUUCCCUCCGGAUUUCACCAGAUUCCCAAUCACUGCUCUCAAAUUCGAUGGAUUCGACGGUACGGACUUGGGAUAUCAGACCUUUUGCACCCACAGAACGACACAUUCGAACCUUUGAUGGAGCACCUGCUGGUAUGGAGAACAACCUCAUUAGCGCCAGCUGGAACUUUGACGGCAAAAGAAUUGCAGCAGGAGCUGGUGAUGGCACUGUUGUGGUGUGGAAUAGCGAGUCUGGAAAGCUCAUGUACAAGUUGCCUGGGCAUAAGGGAACAGUGAACUGCGCGGAACUUUCGCCAUCUUCGGAUCCGAUCGUUCUUUCUGGAUCAUCUGAUCGAAAACUCCUCUUGGGAGAGUUGAAGUGA